CUAGACUUCUAUUACCUACUUUACUGUCCUUUAAGAUGCUCCUUCAGCGACAAGGACAAAUCAUGGCUCGAUCGAGCGUAAAUUUCGAAUAUCCUAGGCCAGCUAUGAAUUCCUGCGGUGACCCCUAGCGAUUGGCAGGCCCUGUGCGCUUGCAGUGAUGCACAACAAUGCCCACCAUUGCCGCGAGGCUGCGAGCUGAGUGCGCCAGUCUGAAUCCAACGUCCUUUUUCCAACUCAACAGACAACUUCGCACGCAUGCCGACUCAAUAGUUCAAUACUGAACAAGAGCCUCUUCCCUGCAGACCUUCUGAUCGAAUAAUGCGUCUACUAGCAUACAACAACGAUGGCGAGUUCAGCCUAACCGAGUUCUUUGACGACAACAUUCCCAAGUAUGCUAUACUUUCGCACAGAUGGGGAGCGGAGGAGGUCACCUUGGCAGAUCUAAUGAAUGGUACCGACAAGAAAAUGGCUGGCUAUAGUAAGAUACGGUUCUGCGGAGAACAAGCUAGGCAUGACGGUUUGCCGUACUUCUGGGUGGACACCUGUUGUGUCGACAAAUCGAAUAGUACCGAGCUCGCAGAGGCUAUUAACUCUAUGUUUCACUGGUACCAUGGUGCGACUAAAUAUUACGUCUAUUUAUCAGAUGUUUCGAGACCUCCCUCCCAUACGGAUAAUAAGUCCAGCGAGUUACAUUGGGAAGCGACAUUUCGGAAGAGCAUAUGGUUCACUCGACGCUGGACCCUUCAAGAGCUUAUUGCUCCGGCAUCAGUUGAAUUCUUCUCAGAAGAGGGGGAGCUACUAGGCAAUAAGGCAUCCCUAGAACGACAUAUCUGCGAGAUAACAGGAAUUCCCGUCAAAGCCCUACGAGGAAACUCUUUGUCUAAUUUCAGUAUUACUGAGCGAAUGUCAUGGUCAGAAAAACGUGAGACGACUCGCAGAGAGGAUAUGGCAUACUCGCUACUGGGAAUUUUCGAUAUCAAGAUGCCGCUGAUCUAUGGCGAAGGAAGAGAGAGGGCGUUAAAGCGACUUAGAGAGGAGAUUAACAAGGCUUCAAAGGGGAUUAGACGCGAGGACUUCUCGGUCACCUUCAGUCUCUCUAAUGUUCCUGAGAUCGAAUACUUCGUGGCCAGAGAAGCGGAGCUCGUGGAGAUAUACAAGACACUUAGUAGUGACGGCUCUCGCCGAAUAGUUAUUCUUCACGGUCUGGGCGGAAUCGGCAAGACACAACUUAGUAUUGCAUACGCAAAGCGGUAUAAGGAUAGCUACUCGGCAAUAUUCUGGCUAAAUAUUAAGGAUGAGGAUUCUUUAAAGCAGAGCUUUACUAAAGCAGCCAGGAAAAUAUUACGAGAACACCCCUUAGCCAGCCGGCUAAGCAUUGCUACAAAUGAAAACCUCGACGACAUGGUAGAUUUUGUUAAGGCAUGGCUGAGUCUGUCUGACAAUACGCGAUGGCUGAUAAUAUACGAUAAUUACGAUAAUCCCAAAUUGCCUGGAAACAUGGAUCCUGCGGCCGUAGAUAUCCGAAAAUUCCUCCCUGAGUCCUAUCAAGGGUCAAUUAUUAUUACAACGCGGUUAUCGCAAGUUAUAUUUGGUCAUCCUAUCCAGAUUCGUAAGCUCGGGGAUGUACGUAAUAGUCUUGAGAUUCUGUCAAACGCUUCGAGACGGGAAGGACUAAGAAGUGAUCCCGAUGCCACUAAGCUUGCUAAGGAAUUGGAUGGACUUCCUCUUGCACUAGCUACAGCUGGAGCAUACAUUGACCAAGUAGCCAUAAGUUUCUCAGACUAUCUUCGUCUAUAUAAGGCGUCGUGGCUGAAACUCCAGAAGACGAGUCCAGAGCUUAGCUCAUAUGAGGACCGAACGCUUUACUCUACUUGGCAGCUUUCGUUCAACCACGUUAAGCAACAGAACGAACUUUCGGCAAAGCUUCUUCAGUUAUGGGCAUACUUUGAUAAUCAGGAUAUCUGGUUCGAGCUUCUUCGGCAUAGCGAUUCAGAGGAUCCAAACUGGAUACGGGAGCUAACUAAAGAUGAACUAAGCUUUAAUAGCGCAGUUCGAGUAUUGUGUAACCACGGGUUAGCGGAUGCAAACGUGGAUUCGCAGGGAUGGAUCGAGUCAAGCGGGUAUAGCAUGCAUGGCUGUGUUCAUUCCUGGACGGUUCAUGUAUUAAAUCAGGAAUGGAAUCAAGGUUUGGCGAGGCUAGCUCUAAAGUUUGUCGGAUCACAUGUUCCAGCAAAUGAGGCCGAUAAGUGGUGGCUUACACAACGGCGGCUUCUCAAGCAUGCAGCUAGAUGUUCAUACAUGAUAUUGAGUGGUGUGGUUACAGGUGUUGACAUAGAAUGGGUAUGUCUCCAUCUUGGCAACCUCUAUCAGCAACAAGGCAAGCUGAGCGACGCGGAGAAGAUGUACUUGCGGGCGCGGCAAGGAUACGAGAAGGCACUUGGUCCAAAACACACGUCGACCCUUGGCACGGUCAAUAACCUGGGCAUCCUCUAUGAGAAUCAAGGCAAGCUGGGCGAGGCCGAGAAGAUGUACGUACGGGCGCUGCAAGGAUACGAGGUUGCACGUGGUCCAAAGCACCUAUCGACGCUUGACACGGUCAAUAACCUGGGCAUCCUCUACAGAAUCCAAGAUAAGUUGGAUGAGGCGGAGAAGAUGUGCAUACGGGCGCUACAAGGAUACGAGGAGGCACGUGGUCCGAAGCACACAACAACACUCCAGAUACUCAACAGCCUGGGCGUCGUCUACGCAGAUCAAGGCAAGCUGGGCGAGGCGGAGAAGAUGUACACGCGGGCGAUAGCAGGACUCGAGGAGACACUUGGUCCAAGACACACGUUGACGCUUGAUACGGUCAAUAACCUGGGCAUGCUCUACAGGAAACAAGACAAGCUGAGGGAGGCGGAGGAGAUGUAUAUGCGGGCGCUGCAAGGAUACGAGGCGGCACUUGGUCCGAAGCAUACGUCGACACUCCAGACGGUCGGGAACCUAGGCAAUCUCUAUGCAGACCAGGGUAAGCUGGACGAGGCCGAGAAGAUGUGCAUGCGGGCAAUACAAGGAUACGAGGAGGCACGUGGUCCAAAGCACUCAUUGACUCUCCAGGCGAUCAAUAACCUGGGAUUGGUCUACGAGGACCAGGGCAAGCUGGAUGAUGCGGAGAAGAUGUACAUGCGGGCACUGUAAGGAUAUGAGGAGGCACUGGGACAUGAGCAGCUUAACUAUUACCCUUACGCUCUUAAUACAAUGGAAAGCUACGGCAUGCUAUUGGCGGAUAUAAACUCCCUAGACUAGGUGGAGGAGUUAAUCACGUAAGCCCUCUCUAGUCUGGCAGAAAUGCUUGGGCAUUCAAGCCAAAGAUGUCAGUGUACCACUGCAAGAUUAAGCACGCACAGAGACUCGACGAUAUCAGAAAGACGAAGCAGUAGUAGGAAGCGCCG